UGUACCCGCCGCCAAUUUGAGUUCGGUAUGUUGUGUGUAAGUAGGAUAGUGAGGAGGAUUAUGCAGGAGGAAAUCUGAGCUGCUGGUUUGGGAAUGCUGUAUGGGUGGAAGUAGGAGAUAUUGCAAGCUGUCUAGAUAGCUGCUGUGCUGCAGAGGAUGGUGUCCAGUGUUUCUGUCUCCAGCUGAUCCCCUCUCACUCAGGAUAUGUCAAACUGCACUGCAGAGGUGCAGAGUGGGGGUGAAACAGCGAGGUUCUUCACAAUUAACCCCACUGAGCUUUCAGAUGAGAUUCUUUUGCACAUCCUGAGUUAUGUCCCAAGUACAGAUCUCAUCCUUAACGUCAAGAAGACAUGUCGCAAAUUUGCAGGUCUUUGUCUUGAUAAGAGUCUAACCCAGAGAGUAAAUCUCCAUAAAGUUUACCAGGUUAAGGAUGAGGAGGUGAAACAGAUGCUCAAAGAGAUUGGCAAGGAGAUAUGUGAACUGGACAUAAGUGGCUGCUACUGGUUAUCCUCCCCUACUGUGGACCUUAUAACACGAUGCAGGAGACUUGUAAGGCUUGAUAUGUCUGGAUGCUCUUUAACGUCCCUAAGGUUAUCGCAUCUUCUCUCUAACCUUGUAAACCUACGUUCGUUAGCCAUUGAUGUUAGUUCGGGAUUUGACUCUGGACAGCUGAGUAGUGAGUGCAAAGCAACAUUAAGUCGACUACGGGAACUGAAACAGACUCUCUUUUCUCCCUCCUAUGGAGUCGUGCCCUGCUGUACUAGCCUUGAAAAACUGCUACUAUUUUUUGAAGUACUGGAUCGGACACGUGAAGGGAUGUUGAUGUCUGGUCAACUAAUGGUGGGAGAAAGCAACAUUCCUCAUUAUCAAAACCUGCGUCUUUUCUAUGCUCGACUUGCCCCAGGGUAUAUAAACGAGGAGGUGGUCAGAUUGUAUCUGGCUGUCCUUAGUGAUAGAACUCCUGAAAACUUACGAGCUUUUCUUAUUUCUGUUCCAGGCAUCUUACCAGAAAGUCGAGCAACCAUUAACCUUCUACAUUCUAUGGCAAAGAAUGUGGCAUUGGAAGCGUUUCAGUUGCCAAAGUCUUGGCUGAAUGGGACCUCAUUGCUUCAGCAAAUGAAUUUCAGCAACCCUUCCUACUUCAGUUUUAGCCGCUGCAUGAUAUCUGGAGGGCAGCUAACCCAAAGGAUUAUAAACGGUGGUAAGGAUUGUAAGAGCUUGGUCAGUCUGAAUGUGCGAGGCUGUCCUUUUUUCUUCAGCAGUGACAUUCCCCUGCGUAAGCCAGAAGAUGAUAUAGAUAUUACUAUAUUGAAGACUCUAAUAACUGCCUGCCCAAAUCUUGCACAUUUGAAUUUUUCGUCUGCACACCACCAUAGCUCAGAAAGCAAAGGGAAACACCUAUGUGAGAUUCUUGCAAAGCUUCAGCACUUACGGUCACUUUCAUUACCUGUGUGUUCCAUUGCUGAUACAGUUACAACUACAGAAAAGUCUAAUUCUCCAGGUGCAUCAUAUUCUUCUAACCCUGCUCCACUUGGGUUUGGGAAGAAGGUCCGGAUUGGAGUUCAGACAUAUCCACGAACCCAAAAUGACCAAGACAAUGCCCCAACCUCUGUUUUCUGGAGACUUCUAAAACAGUUGUCACUUCUAGAACACUUGGAAUUAAUUGGUUCCAACUUUUACUCCGUAAUGCCUAGAAAUGAUCCAGCAAUACGCAACACAUACCCACCUUGUAAGCGUUCUCAUAGUGUGGGAGAUGCUGAAUUGGCUGCAGUCAGCCAAGUAGUUUUUUUGCAGAGUUUAACACUGGCACAGUUGCCUGGCAUUCUCCUAGGCUCCAGUCUAGUGAGCAUUGGUAUGAAGUGUCAGCAGCUGCGCUCACUAUCAUUGGCAAAUCUUGGGAUGAUGGGAAAGGUGGUUUAUAUAUCCUCACUGUGUGAGAUGUUGAAACACUGCAGACAUCUGAGGGACUUUAGGCUCGAGCAGCCAUAUUUUUCAGCCAACAGCCAGUUCUUCCAGGCUUUACGACACUGCUCAUCCCUGCAGCGUGUGUGCAUUGUUUCUCGGAAUGGAAGGUUUGAAGCGGAUGCAGUGAUGUCAUUUGUCAGUGAAUGCCUUGAACUUAUCAUGUGCCACAUGUUCACUGGUGAGACUCUGACAGCAUGUAGGAGCCUGCAGCAAAGCAUUAUACAACGUUUUCAGCCAGAGCGACCAGCACUGAAUGUUGUCAUCUUUCCUCUGUUGCAUGAAAGCUUGGCAGAUGUGAUCCGAGAUGUACCCCUGAUGCAUUUGGAUGAAAUCACUCUAUUUAAGAGCAGGGUGGCAGAGGAGCCUCCAAAACUGUGGUGAUUUUGUCUUGGAAUGUUCGCUUAAGAUAUAGAUGAAGCAAAUUUGCAGGUGCAUGGAAAAGCGGUCUAAAAAAUUUCAAAACACUUUCAUUUCCCCUGUGGUCACCCUAUCACCCUAUAGGUAAAACAGAAUUAUGGAAUUGAAAACUAACACACUAUCUUUAACACUUAAAUUGCUUUUGCUAGAAUGUAUUUGUCCAACCAGGUUGUCCAAUUCUAAUAAGCAGCAAAGGAAAAUCCAGUCCUGAAGAAGAAAAAAAAAAAUCACAUUUAGGCCUAUAGAAUAUCUUGUUAACACUGUAAUGAGCAUUGUAAAAAAAAAAAACUGCUAUUUUGAUUUCUGGCAAAUAUUGUUUUUGACAUGCUACAGUUAUGAUAAAAUGGUUUUCAAUUAACUGAUAAAAAGGGCUUAAAGGGACACUCCAGGGAUGAUUUUAUAAGAUUUGUUUUAAUGUGUUAAAUAGGUCAGUAGUUCAUAAACCUUUCCUUGUGAUAUUGAUAAAGCCUGGGUUGUGAACAACUUGCCGAUAUAAUGCUUUAACAUACAGGUAUUUAAAGAAUAUAAAUAUUCCUAUUUCGAAGAAUAAACGACAAAGCACUGCAUAUGUACUUACUAUAUUGUUGCAAAUGUGCAGUACUUUUCAAUAACUCCCAUUUGUGCAAUUAUAUUUCUAAUGAUGUCCUUUUCUUUCCUGUGGGAAAACACCACACAUGCAUUUAUUUUUUAACUGCUAUUCUUUUUUCUUUUUUUUCCAAAGUCCUUUUCACAUUAUUUUGGAACCAUAUGAGCAUGUAGAAAAAGACAUGCCAAUAUAUUUAAUUAAUAUAUGUGAUGUAUAUUUAUCUGAUAUUUAGGAAUUCACCAAAUUCAGAAUUAUAGCAAAUUUAAAUCUGCAUGAAAAAGAAACUGAGUUGUGACCAUAGUUGAGAUGGAGAGGUUUUCUGGAUGAACUAAUUUAGCCUUAAUUUACAAUUUUGAUUUUAAAUCACUACAAUUCAGAGUUUAGUGACCAAACCCUGUGUCACCGUGCAGAGAUUGCAAUCGACCAGGAAGAUAAAAUGGGGGAAUGUUGUGUUGUGUGUGGACAACACCUUGAAAGCAUUAAACAAGUACAUGUUU